AUUUACAACCAAGUCGAUUAAUUGAUGAUAAUACAACAACAAAUCAAAGAACGCAAAACAAUGAUGAUGAAGAGUUUGAUCUGGAUCGGAGAGUAGAGACAAAUUUUACACCAUUGGCAAUUUUAAAAUGUUUACUAUUGUGUUUGAUGAGAAAUUCAGAUUCCGAGCAAGGACUUUCCUCUCAAGCCUUGAGAAAGCAAAUUAGAAGAUAUAUCUUGUAUUGUACAGUUUCAUUGCUCAUGUUGAUAACGAUCAUUUCGGUGCUCAUUCCUGUCAUUUCCUUUUUAUCGGCAUCAGCCUUGUUAUUACCAGUUAAUCCAUAUGAUAGAGCCAAAGCAAUUGCCACAGAUUAUGUACCAUUUGUAGAAUAUACCAAUUAUUUACCAUAUAAAUUAUCGAAAAUAAUGGAAUGGAAGCAGUUCGAUUCAUUAUUGAACUUGACCAAUUCUCCAACUAGAGAUUCAUUAGUCAAUUUAUACAAGGAUCACCAACUUACUCUGACAACAAAUAUCCCAAAAUUACAAGUAGGAAAUGUUAGUGUUUUAGUAUUGACAACUGGUGGAAGUUCUGAUUGUAAUGAAACAACCAUCUUUGCUAGAACUGUCUCACAAAUGGAUCUCAUUAGAGAAAAUAUUGUAAAACAACAUUCUAAUGAAAUGCGUGAAGUACAUGCCAGUGGUGAAAUUAACAAAGUAUUCAAGACUAGAAAGAUUUCUGUUCUGACACACAUUGAUGGUGGACAUACUAUUAGAGAUUCAUUGGAAGUGUUGCAAUACUAUUAUACAGCAGGAGCUCGUAUCAUGACACUUGCCUCUCAAAAAUGUCCAAACAAAUUCAUUCAAUCUUCAAAUUAUAAGACCAUUGGAGGAUAUACAAAUGGAGUGAGCACACCUGGAAAGAGAAUAAUUAUUGGAAUGAACAAACUUGGAAUGGUUAUUGAUUUGGCACAUUGUACUGAGAGUGCUAUUACCUCUGCUCUUUCAGUCUCCUUUGCACCAGUCAUCAUCUCUUCUACUGGUUCUAAAUAUCUAUCAAGCCAUGAAGACAACCUCUCUGAUGAAGUUCUACUUCUCAUCAAGGAAAAUCAAGGACUUGUCAUUAUUUCUCAAAAUCCACUCCAACUCAGCAAUAAGGAAAGAUUGCAAUUUAACAAAUUCAAGGCUGACAAUUCAACCACUCCUGAAGAAGCCACAAUGAAAAUGAUUAAAUGGGAAAUUAGCUCAUCAUCCUCAAGAGCCAGUGUUGAUGACAUUGUUGAACACAUUGACUAUGUCAAAACAAUCACCAAUAGCUGUGAAUAUGUUGGAAUUGGACAAGGAUUUGAGAAUCCAAAUCAACCAUUUACAACCAGUGGAGCAGAAUCCUCUGCCAAUCACAUGACCAUCGCAGCUGCCCUCAUUCAAAAGGGAUAUGAUGACACUUGUGUAAAGAAUAUCAUGGGUCUCAACUUUUUGAGAGUUCUGGCCAAGGUAGAAGGCGUUGCAAAGAGCAUUGUUAGUUCUGCAUAAUAAUACUUUUCAAAACUCUAUACUUCAACAAUAAUCACAUUUAAUUUCACCAGUGUCUUUCUAAAGCUCACUCACCACAGCACUUGCAUUGUUUUCAAUCCUUCACACUUUGAGAAUCUGUGGAAAAAGAAUUUUAAUUUUUUAAAUUUUUAAUAAAAAAAUGAAAAACUUGCUGUCG